AUGCGUUGGAAUCUGGAGCCUUGGUUAGCAGCCCUCCUUGCAACUGUCAAAUUGGGUCGAGCGCAACAUGUAGUCGACCUCGCGGGCGACGGCUGGAUGGUCAGCAGCGACGCUCUCAAUAUUUCUGUGCCAGGCAGGCUGCCAUCUCAGGUUCACCUGGAUUUGCUGGCGGCCAAGGUCAUCGGUGAUCCGUACUAUGGUCUGAACGACUUUCACCAACGCUGGAUCUGCAACAGUAACUGGACCUACACCAGCCAUCCUUUACAAAAUUUAUCGUCAAAUGCCAAAUCCUCGUGGCUGGUCUUCAACGGCUUAGACACAUUCACCACGAUCGAAAUUUGUGGACGGACUGUCGGCACCACAGACAAUCAGUUCCGCCAAUAUACCUUCGACAUCUCUCAGGCUCUCAGCACUUGUAAAGAUGCUCCGACGCUGAGAAUGAAUUUCGGAAGUGCUCCUAAAAUCGCUGAUGCAAUUGCUCGCGAACCGAACUCUGAAAAAUGGCCGGAGAGCACGCAAAUGGUCUAUGAGUUUCCCAACCGCUGGUUCAUCCGGAAAGAGCAAUCGGAUUUUGGAUGGGACUGGGGCCCCGCCUUUGCGCCUGCUGGGCCAUGGAGAGACGCGUAUCUGGUACAAUUCACUCGGAACGAGAGCAUUUUCGUCGUGAAUACAGACCUGGACAUCUACCGCCAAGGACAGAUCAAUUACCUGACCCCCAAUCAAAGUCAACCGUGGGUGGUCAAUGCAAGCAUCGACUUUAUUGGCUCACUCCCCAAAAACCCUGUCAUGAGCAUUAAAUUGACCGAAGUUGAGACCGGUGAGACACUCCACACUGAGGAACUGGGAAACGUCUCCACCUGCGGCCAGACCAUCACAGCCAGCUUCACAGUUAGUCCCGAUUCACCAAAAUUGUGGUGGCCACUUGGUCUUGGUCGGCAGAGCUUGUACAAUGCCUCAAUCCUGAUCCAAGGGAGCAAUGGUACCACUUUGGCUCAAGUUGAAAAGCGGACCGGCUUUAGAACCAUCUUCUUGAACCAACUCAACAUCACCGACGAACAGCUCGCACAGGGAAUAGCCCCCGGUGCGAACUGGCAUUUUGAAGUAAAUGGCAAAGAAUUUUAUGCCAAGGGCUCCAACUUCAUUCCUCCAGAUGCAUUCUGGCCUCGGGUGACCGAAGAGCGCAUGCGGCAACUUUUUGAUGCGGUCGUCGCUGGAAACCAAAACAUGUUGCGUGUAUGGGCCUCGGGCGCGUACUUGCCGGAUUUCAUCUACGACAUAGCGGACGAAAAAGGUGUUUUUCUCUGGAGUGAGUUUGAGUUUGGGGAUGCUCUCUAUCCCACCAACCAAGACUUCCUGGAAAAUGUCGUGGCCGAAGUCACUUACAAUGUGAGACGCGUCAAUCACCACCCAUCGUUGGCCCUGUGGGCUGGCGGGAAUGAAUUGGAAAGUCUUGAAUUGCCGCUCGCGAAAGCAGCAUCACCCCAGAACUACUCUUUUUACGUUGGACAGUAUGAGAAACUCUUCAUCAGCACGAUCCUGCCUCUGGUCUACGAGAACUCGAGAUCGAUCUCGUACACGCCCAGCAGCACCAACAACGGCUAUCUCCACGUGAAUCUGUCGGCCUCGGUCCCCAUGGUGGAGCGCUACGAUAACAUGACAAGUGGUCACUACUAUGCCGAUACGGAUCACUACAACUACGACAGCAGUGCUGCGUUCGAUUUUGGUACCUACCCGGUUGGCAGGUUUGCUAACGAAUUCGGUUAUCACAGCAUGCCGAGUUUACAAACCUGGCAGCAGGCUGUGGAUCCCGAGGACCUGCAUUUCAACAGCAGCACGGUUGUUCUUCGGAAUCACCAUUAUCCUCCUGGGGGCACUGAAACCGACAAUUUGGCGAACCCCCUGAAGGGAAUGGGGGAAAUGACCAUUGCCGUUGAGCGAUAUUAUCCUAUUCCCCACAAGAAUGAUUCGCUCGAGCAAUUCCGUGCGUGGUGCCACGCCACCCAGCUCUUCCAAGCAGACAUGUACAAAUCAGAGAUUAUCUUCUACCGCCGAGGAAGUGGAUUACCGGAGCGUCAACUCGGCUCCCUGUACUGGCAGCUUGAAGAUAUUUGGCAGGCGCCCACCUGGGCUGGAAUCGAGUACGAUGGUCGAUGGAAGGUUCUCCAUUACGUGGCCCGCGAUGUCUAUCAGCCGAUCAUUGUCUCGUCUUUCUGGAAUUACACCACCGGCGACCUGUCCGUCUGGGUCACUUCCGACUUGUGGGAGCAAGCCAAAGGCACUGUCAACUUCACCUGGGUAGACAUGUCGGGCAAGCCGAUUGCAAAGAACGCAGGAACCCCCCAAAGCCAACCAUUCACCGUCGGUGGACUUAACACGACUAAAGUAUACGAAACCAAGGCCUCGAAACUCGAGAUCCCUGAUCCUCAAAAUGCAAUUCUCAUCUUAUCAAUGAGCGCCAAGGGACGUAUGCCCAAUACCCAAAAUACAACCACCUUUACGCACCGUGAAAAGGCCACAUUGGUCUGGCCCAAUCAAAUUGCCCUUGUCGAUCCAAAGAUUGAAUUGAAACAUGAUUCGCCCAACAAUACCUUUGUCCUUGAAGCCCGAAACGGCAUCGCCCUCUACACCUGGCUUGAUCACCCGCCCGGUGUGGUGGGGUUUUUUGAUGAUAAUGCAUUUACUCUCGUGCCCGGGGAGAGAAAGACUGUUCAUUUUACUGUGCAAAAGGAUGACACGGGCGGAAAAUGGAGGGAGAGUGUAACGGUGCGAAGCUUAUGGGAUCAGACCACUGAUUGA